AUGCAUGUCAAGAGGAAAGAAGACUACAUAACACGGGAAACACUUGAAAACCCUUUGGAGAUGGUGAUGAAAAAGAGAGAUACUGUUUUGGAACUGGAAAUCAGAGGAAUAAGGAAGAGCCAGGAACUAUUGAGACAAACAGAAACAGAGAGGCAGAAGAUAACAUCUGAAUUUGAAAAACUCCACCAAUUCUUAGUGCAGAAAGAACAAGACUUCUUGGCCCAGCUGAAGGAGAUAGACGAGGCUAUUUUAAAGACACAGGAUGAGAAUAUUAAUACGCUCUUGGAAGAGAGGACUCUUCUCAGCAACCUUUUAAAAGAAAUGGAGAAGAAUCAACAAAAGCCUGAAAAUGAAUUCUUAGAGGAUGUCAGGACCAUCUUGCGCAGGCAUGAUAAUACUAAGCUUCCUAUGCCAACUUCCAAGUUCCCUGACCUGGACAAGAGAAUCAAGAUUUUCACCCAAAAACACCUGUGUCUCAGCCAUUGCUUACAACAGUUCAAAGAAAAUCUACCAUCUUCUGUGAUAGAAAUAAGAGAUUCCAUGACUUUGGACCCAGAAACUGCCAAUGCUUUUCUUAUGGUGACAGAGGAUCACCAGAAUGUGAAAAACAUAGGGACCAAACAGGAUGUGUCCAGGAACCCAAAGAGAUUUUCCUAUUUUUCCUGUGUCCUGGGGGCUCAAGGUUUCAACUCAGGGAAGCACUACUGGGAUACAGAGGUUACUCAUGGAGGUUACUGGGGAUUGGGAGUUGUCAAAGAAUCAGUGAAUAGGAAACAAUGGUUUAAGCUAAGACCUGAAGAAGGAAUCUGGGCUAUCGGGCUGUACCAAAGUCAGUACCAGGCUCUGACCUCACCCUGCACUAGUAUUGUGUUGAAAGAGAAUCCCAAGAAGAUCAGAGUUAUCUUGGAUUACGAAGAGGGCUUGGUAUCAUUCUACAAUACUGAGACUAUGAGUCACAUCUUCACUUUUUCUGCUACUUUCACUGAGAAAGUCUUCCCCUUUUUCUGGCUGCCCUCAAAAGGGUCUCAUAUAACAAUCUGCCCCACUAAGGAGUCAUGCUUCCCCUGA